AUGAAUACUUUAGCAGAACUUCUACUGGUAGAGUUUAUACUGGCAGAACUUCUACUGGUAGAGUUUAUACUGGCAGAACUUCUACUGGCAGAACUUCUACUGGUAGAGUUUAUACUGGCAGAACUUCUACUGUUUCCCUCAAAAUUGAAUACUUUAGCAGAACUUCUACUGGUAGAGUUUAUACUGGCAGAACUUCUACUGGUAGAGUUUAUACUGGCAGAACUUCUACUGUUUCCCUCAAAAUUGAACACUUUAGCAGAACUUCUACUGGUAGAGUUUAUACUGGCAGAACUUCUACUGGUAGAGUUUAUACUGGCAGAACUUCUACUUGCAGAACUUCUACUGGUAGAGUUUAUACUGGCAGAACUUCUACUAGUAAAGUUUCUACUGGUAGAACUUCUACUGGCAGAAUUUCUACUGGUUAUAUAUGGUGUCAAUUUUUUAAAAAAUUUUGAAUUCAAUGAGUUAUAUCAAAAAUAA